GCUGCGUACCGAUACCAGCGAGUUCGCAGGUGUUAUAAGGUGCGACUUUUUGGGAUGGUCGCGCGUGUCACCCUUGGACGUCCGUGACGGCACCAUGAAGACGUUCGUGUUCCUGGCCCUCUUCGGCGCGGCUGUCGCCGCCGUCGAUUUCGACAAGCAAUGCGUGCCCACAGCUGAUCCCGGGCCAUGCAAGGGUUUCAUGCCUAUGUGGUGGUACAACAUAUUCACGAGCCAGUGCGAGGAGUUCAUCUACGGCGGUUGCCAAGGGAACGACAACAGAUACCCGACCAAGGAAGAAUGCGAGAAGACCUGCGCCGAAGCAUCAGCGACGUGGGACGUGAACGCUGGGCGUAGGCUCCUUGAAGUGCACAACUUCGCCUGCCUCGGGAAGCCUGACCCCGGACCAUGCCAUGCAUCCAUUACGCGCUACUACUACGACAACGUUACCAGUACCUGCAAGGAGUUCACCUACGGAGGCUGCCAGGGCAACUUCAACAACUACGAGACGGUCGAACAAUGCAAGGCCAGCUGCAAUCCUGCAACUGAGUACGAAGCCAAGUGCCUCGCCAGGGCUGAGACCGGGCCAUGCAGGGCACACGCAAUCCUCUGGGCCUACGACCCCAAGGUUGGCGAGUGCAAGACAUUCACGUACGGUGGCUGUGACGGCAAUGACAACAAGUACCUCACCAAGAAAGACUGCGAAGAGACUUGCAAGCGCGUACGAGCAGAGCGUGUGGAAGAGUACGCUGUGGCAUCCCAAGAGCUGGACUGGAAGACCCCCGCGAAUCCCGUGUGCAAUCUGCCCCAGGAGCGUGGGCAAUGCCUCGCCUACAUGCCACGCUACUACUACAACAACGAGACAAAGCAGUGCGAACAGUUCAUCUACGGUGGUUGCCAAGGCAACGCCAACAACUUCGUGACAUUGGCCGAGUGCAGCCGGACGUGCCAUGUGAGGCACAGCGUUGGCAUACCACUCCUUGAGUCGGAACCUGAGCCCACAAACCCCGUGUGCUACGAGCCCAAGAAAGUGGGACCAUGCAGGGCCUACGUUCCUCGCUACUUCUACAACACGACCACCAAGUUCUGCGAACGCUUCAUCUACGGUGGCUGCCAAGGAAACCGCAACAACUUCCCCGAACUGGAAGUGUGCCUAAAGACCUGCAAGGUUGGAUAUCAAAACGUCACGGAGAGGCUCCUGCAGCUGAGAACUCCGCUCAAGAAUUCCACGUGCUACCUGCCGAAGGAGACGGGACCCUGCUUCGGCUACUUCCCCCGCUACUACUACAACACGACGACCAACACCUGCGAGCAGUUCAUUUACGGAGGAUGCAACGGAAACGCCAACAACUUCGAAACGCUGCGCAAGUGCCAGACCAAGUGCGGAAACAUUUCACUCACCGAUGAGCUGAUCAGAUCCAGGCUUAUCACCAAACUGGUGACCAUUGGCCCAGUCUGUGAGCUGCCCAAGGAGGUUGGCCCGUGCCGUGGUCACAUCCCCCGUUACUACUACAACACGACCACCGACACUUGCGAGAAGUUCAUCUACGGAGGUUGCCAGGGCAACGCCAACAACUUCCCAACGCUAACGGAGUGUGAGAUCAAGUGUGGUGGCUAUUUAACCUCCGAUGACCAGGCCUGGAAGAAGCCCAUCAAGAAGCCCCUUGCCCUGGAAGACAUCAUUCGUGCUAACCCAAUCCUCUCCAGGGAAACCGGUUGGCCGAGAUCGCUAGGACUGAACCCGGUCUGCAACGAGACCAAGCAACCCGGUAUGUGUGCCGGCUACUUCCCUCGCUACUACUAUGACAACGUGACCAAGAGUUGCCAGAGGUUCAUCUACGGAGGUUGCCAGGGCAACGGCAACAACUUCGUGACCCUCAAGGAGUGCAAGGAGACAUGCUGGGCAUCCCUGGAUCAGCAUUCUCUGAAGAUGGUUGAUGCCUUCGAAGCUCCAUUCUGGCCCUUCGCGCCACCUGAGGAGUGUGCCUACUCGGUUGAGGCUGGACCCUGCCAAGCGUACAUGCCUCGCUUCUUCUACAACACGCUGACCAAGACGUGCGAGCAGUUUGUCUACGGAGGGUGCGGAGGAAACGCCAACAACUUCCCCACCUUCGACGCGUGCGAGAAGAAGUGCAAGAAGGUCUCCGGAGUCGUUCCCCGUGCUUAAGAAAUAAAUUACUCCUCUGUAACGAGGAUACACUUCGGCGAA